AUGAGUGUUACCUUAAGAGGACUCUUCAGACUACUAAGCGGACUACAGAUGGCGCCACCAUUCUCCUUGUUGUCGAUAGACAAGCACGACAACUCCGGGCUUGAGACCCGUCUGGAGGUCAUGGUUCCCGAGCGACGAGACUUCAAUCGCGAUUUCAUUGCACCUUCCGGCACCGAAAAAAGAACAGCUACAGAGAGCUCUUUACUCUUCAACAGGUUGAUUGAACAUUCAUUACAUGUGACUACUUCAAGUGCAUUUGGGUUCGUUUGCACUCGGACAACUGACUCUAAUGUCUGCCAGGAAUUUCCUGACAGUUGUAUGGGCCUUAUUGGCGCAAUUCAGACUCUGUACAUCGUCGACGGCGAGGAGAACUACGCGGAGAAUAUCAGGAGGCAAAUGGAGGCUGUGAGUCCUCAACCGAGCAACCUAAGCAGCUCCACGGCUCACUCCAGUAACAGUGACUCGGGAAUUGGGUUCCGUGAUGACUACGGCCAGGAAGUCUUUAGGCAACCUUUCCCAGUUAGGAACAGAGAUGAGGACCCCUGGGUCAGAAGAAGGGAUCAGCAAAUUGAUGACAAGGCCCACCUGGUUGCUGAUGAUGGCUGUUGUAGCAGAGAGGGGGGUGGUAAUAUUGGAGGGGAUGAUAGUAACAGCUGCCAAGUAACAUCUGCUGGGCCAGUUGCCGCUUGGUCGCUGCCUAGGAACGUUUCGAAAGAGAUGGAGGUCAAAGAAGAUUGUGUUAAGAGUUCAAGGAGCGAAAUGUGCUGCAAAUUGAGUCCCAAGGUGUUCAAUGUCGCUAAGUCUAUGGUUCAUAGCUUGGAGAAUCUUAAAGGUGAUGAUCAACAGUUCACGAAGCUGCUGAAUUCUUUUGCCGGGAAGAGUUAUGAGGCCAGACAGUGGACCAGCUUGCAGGAGAUUAGGAAUUUUGAUGAGUUUCAGGAGGAAUUGGCGCAAAAACAAGUAUUCAAUUUAAUGAAAUUCGAUUCAUACCCCCGAUUCCUGCGAUCUGAUUUAUAUCGUAAUUGUUUAGAGACUGGAAGUAGCGUUGUAAGUACCGAAGACUGUGAUUUAUCUCUCACCAAUUCUCCGAGUGUUAAAUUAAAAAAAAGCCACUCGGAUGCUGAGGACAGACGUAGGAAGUCUAUUUUACCUUGGAAUCGAAAAAACAGGUCCAAAUCAAAAGACAGGGGCGAAAGUGAGUACAACAAAAUACCAACCCGCGUCGAGCCAAUGUACAAAAGUUUUUCGUCAAUGAAACGCGACGAGAGCUCCAAUCACAAUAUCAAUAAUAAUAACAACAACAAUAGUAAUAUCAACAAUAAUGAGGACAAUAUAUCAAUUUCCAGCAGUCGAUCUUCAUUAGCGUCUUGGGACCUGGCGCUCCGACAAUCUUUCAGCAAACAUUCCGUUGCGUCAUACGAUGGCCAGAACGAUAAAAAAGAGGCCCAUAGCAAGUGCACGGGACUGUGUCGUGUGAUUUUACCUGAUGGAUCUACAACAGUAGUCCCUACAAGUCAAACCGAGACUAUUAAAGAUGUGAUAACACGUCUGCUAGACAAGCGAGCCUUGAAAUAUCUCAAUUACGAUGUUCUCAUACUUGCCACGGACGAGCUGAUGAAUCUCAAGUACUCGUCAUCGGUGUUAGCAGGCCAAGAAGUCGAAGUAGUACCUGCAAAAGUAUUAAAAGUUGAUUUGCCGUCUCGGCGAAUAAUCACAGUGGUUGCGCACAAAGGACGAACUCUUAGAGAAGUUCUGAGGCCAUUGUUGAACAAGUAUGGGUUCAAGUUGGAGUUAAUAACCAUCUGGGGUGACGGACACCCGAUAUCGCUGGAAAUUCCAGCAAUUAAUGCUCCAGCUAGGCUAGUUCUUACGUCUAACAAUGAAGAUUUUCAACGAGACGCUUUAAAAUGUCAAGAAAAUAUUCCUCAAGGACAAACAACGUUGGAUGAAAUUACAAAUAAAGUAUUUGAAGAAUUAUUAGUCGGAAAAAGCGCUAAUAAAUAUCAAAGCGAGGGUUCUUGUAAAUCAGAAGACCAAAGAUCAGAAAGUUCGUCAAUUUUGUCGAAUAAAUUUUUCUCCCGAGAUUUAGCGCUGUCGGGGAAGAAAAAGUCUAAGUCUAAGAGCAGCAAUCUAAGUGAAAAGAGUCAUUCUGAUUGCGCUGAAGAAACGACUCAGACUACGAGGUCGCAUGCUCCUUUAAUUGCUAAGUGGCGGAAUGGUGUUAAGUUACAAUUACCUGGAAGAUUUGAUGGUGAUGAACUGUAUGAGGGAUUGAAAAGAGCUCAAAGGUCACGUUUAGAGGAUCAAAGAGGAACGGAGAUAAAUUUUGAACUUCCUGAUUUUUUAAAGGAUAAAGAAAACAGUAAAAGUAAAGAUGAAAAAAAAUUACGGCGUGCUAGACUGACAGUAUCAGCAAAUUGCGACAAUUCAAGUUCUAAAUUCUUCAACGACGUUUCGAUACCUGAAAAGACUCAACACCCACCAUCAAAUUUCACCGAAAGCUCGAUAGCAAAUCGAGUGAUGAUAAAUGAGUCCCGCAAUCUACCAUCAGUUCCACCACAGGAACAAUCUCAAUCAAUAAUCUCAACGAACAAAUCCAGCUUGGACAAUUCAUUGAACCUGGACGUGACCUUGGAAGAUGCUGACAAAACAAUCAUCGACAAAAGUAUCGAACUAUCUUCCAUCGCUAAUACGUCAAUGUCCCCGAUGUCCACGUCGACCUCGACAUCUUCCUUAGGAGUGAUGGAUUCUCCGGCUACGUCUCCGACGAAGCUGUCCAGGCCGCCUCCGUUGCCUCCGAAGCCUAAAGGAUUAUUGACUAGUGUUAAAACUAAUCAAUUGUUGUCGAAAAAUAUUUCAAGGUCGACGAUUAUCAGUGAUUCUUGUGAGAACAAAAAUGUUUUUUAG